AUAGGAAAUUUUCAAACAAUAGGGAUUACUAACGCUGCAAUUAGCUCUGUGUACUUUAUAAGUGCAAUUGGAUUGUUCUAACAAUCUACGUGAAGCCGAAUCAACAUGCAGCUGUACGUAUUUCUCUGCUUGAUUGGACACGUACUCGCAAGUAAAUCGCACGGAUACUCAGGUACCCUGGUCGACUUCACUGAUCCUAAGGUACAAGGGCACUUGGACGCUUUAGUCCGGAUGGCACAGUCUUGCGUCAUCAAAGUACGAGCGUCACCAAAGGACGUGAGAGCGUAUUUCACGAAUUCCCCUCCUAUUACGAGAUCAGGACAAUGUUUCGCAGCUUGUAUGAUGGAGCAGAGUGACGUCAUCAACCAUGGCAAGGUUAACAGGGAACUAUUGAUCCAUCUAGCAAGUCUCGUUAACGGUAAAAAUUCCGGUGUUGUACGCAAAUUACAUUCCAUUUCCCGAUUAUGCCUGGACAGUAUAGAAGGCAUGUCCGACAGAUGCCAGUUAGCCUCUACGUAUAAUGACUGUUUGAAUGAGAACAUGAUUGAGUUUGCGUUCCCGCUCGAUAUCGCCGAAGAGGCAGUUCGCAAAAUGCCAUUUCAUCUCAUUCAGCCAAAUUUACCGCAGGAAUUUAGACAGCCUUUCUAACAAACCUUAACUUUUAACAUUUUGUACUUGUAUUUUUAUUAUUAAAUUGUUGGACUUCUAACUUA